UGCCAUAGAUAGCUCCCUGCUGAUGGCAUUCUAGGGAUUGAGCUUUUGUGUGGAUUUCUCUGUUGGUGCCACAACAAAAAACUGCAGCCCCCCAGAAUUCUGUAGCACUCAGCCAUGGCAUUUCAAGCGGUUCCAAACCGGAUUAUACUUGCAGUGUGGAGGUUGCUAAGGUGCAGGUUUCAGGCAGGACUUGAGGUUGGGUUGGACUUCCUUUCAGAAUGGCUGCCUUGUGCUUAAAGAAACUGAUAGAUCAGACCAGAAGGAAUCAAGUGAACUAUAUCAGCAGAUACCUUGCCAGUAUCAGGGUGCAGCCACUGAAAAGGAUGGCACCCUCUCAGACAUGGCUGGUGACUGAGCAUGCUAAAAAAGGACUUCUUCCUUUUCCCUCACAAGCAUUCUGUACUCAUGAAGCUGCUGAGGAAAAACCAAAACCAAAGAAAAUAAAUCCAAAUGACAAAAACACUAUUGAAAGUGUUGGAAAGAAAAUUCCACAUCGAAUUAUUCAGUUAAUUGAUGAGAACGGCAAGAACGAGGGACCAAUGCAUAGAGCCGAUGUGAUUCGAAUCAUGGAUGAAAGGGGGCUGAGGCUUGUUCUACUUACAGAGAAGGCAAACCCUCCAGUAUAUAGACUGAUGUCAGGACAGCAGAUUCAUGAAGAACGCCUCAAACUUAAAGAAAAGCAGAAAGUUAACCCACCAAAGGGGCCUGUUCAACAGAAGGAGAUAACACUUUCCCCAACUAUAGCACAGCAUGAUUUAGAGACAAAGAUAAAACAAAUACAGCAAUGGAUUGACAAGAAGCAUCACGUGAGGGUAACAGUGCAGCAGAAGAGGGGUGCUGCUGGGCCAAAAGAUGCACUAGCAUUAUUUGGUCAGAUUUUGGAUGCAAUAUCUGAAAAAGCAACAUACCUUUCAGAACCCCGCAUUGUUAAAGAAGGAAGGAGUACAUGUGUGUUGAGACACAUGUCAGACAAAGAAAUCCGUGAACACAAGACAAUGGAGAAAAGCAAAGGAGUUCAGGGGAGCACUGGGAAGCCCAGUAAUGAUUUGGAUGCUCUCAAACAGUGAUUGUAAAAAGUGGAGGGACUGAAAUUGCUUCAUUGGGGUUUUGAUUAUCUGUACAGACUCAUAAACUUGCUGACAAUGAUCAAUCCAUAAAGACUCAUCCUGUUUCAUGCUCACAAAACUAUUGUUCAGGGUCAUCUGAAAAUCUAGCCAAGGGUCAGUGUUUCCACUGCCAGCACUGUAUUGUUCAUUGCAGGUUCAGUCAAACUAUCAUUGGUGGACAAUAUGUUUCUUUGGUGUGAUUUCAAUGGGAUGUAUCCACUGAGGUGAGAGGCUAGGCUCCGCUUAGGUCGUGGUUUUUUAACCUUAGGAGACAAGACAAACAGAAUUCCAAUUGAUAACUGUCAUAUAAAAAGAAAGCUUAAUCUGUUUAUAUUAUUGUUGCAUAUAUGUGAGCAACAUUCUUAAGAGCUAGCUUGUGGGAAUUGACAAAAUACUGGUUUGGACUCUGCAUUUCCUCAGCAUGAGAGUUUAGUUUGAGUUAGGAAACACUAGAUGCUUAUGCUGUUUUCCUACAAUGUGCUAUAUUUAAGAUAUGCAAAGAGACAUAAGCAAAUGCAAUCAGGCAUUCCCACAAGCAAGGAGCGCUACUAUUUCACAUCUUUCCAAAGAGGGAAUCUGUACUUUCACCAUUCCCCCACCUGCUUCCUAUCCCUUGCAUUUUCAAUUUUCAAUUGACCUGCCUAAUAGAAUCACUGAAAGUCAUGCUCCCAAAUUAGUUUAAUUUUUCAUGUAGCCUAGGGCAGUGGGAGUCUCCAGAAAUGGUUAGACAACUACUCCUAGCAUCCCUCACCACUAGCUAUGCUGACUGGGGUUGGUGGAAGCUGUAGUCCAAGAAUACCUGGACAGCUGGUCUCUCCUCGUGCACUGGGGUAAGGGAUAAAGGACUCCUGUGAAUGUGGGAAAAUUGUAAAUAAAAAAAAACCACUAUUCUUUUUAUCUAGGAGAACAUCUUUCUAGGACUACCCAAGUCCUCCAGUACAACUCUAUGGUCAACAUCUGCCAGAAGUUGAUUAUAGAAUCAUGCUGGAAGAAAUGCCAAGAGAAGUGUUUCCUUUAGGCUCUUUAGGUUGUGAUCUAGGUUCUCCAGCACAACUCUGUGGUCAACAUCUGGCAGAGUUGUGCUGGAGGACCUAGAUUCCUAGAGAACAUACUAAAAAUGAAAGCCACAAAUGUACAGUGCCAACUGUAUAUGAACUACCAUCAAUUUUUACAUGAGUGGAUUGUUACUUCAGUUGUAUCCAAAUAUUCAUCCUGUAUAUAUUAUUGUUAAAAGUAUGGCUAGGGGAAGAGUACAUGCAUGCAAAACCCAGCCACAGUUAGAUCUGAAUAUCUUUGAGCACUGGCCAUUCAAGUUGGCAAUUUGCUAUCAAAUCAACAUACAGUAUAUACGCACUUCCCUUUGACUGGGAAGCCUGAUAAGACAGGGAAAGCUUUUUAAUUGUGGGGAAUGGAGUAUAUCUCAGGGUGUUAGUUCUUUGGGGGGAAAUAUCAAGACUGGAUGUGUUGGGGAACAGUCACCCUCAGUAGAUGUAAUGUUUGUCAUUCUUCAGUACUUCCCUGGUUGAGACUGACUGAACUAAAAAAAAACAAGCAGGCAGCAUCACGUUUACAAACUAAAGAACUUUACUAAUUGCUUUUAGCAUGUACAUACACUUGAAGUCCCUACAUCCUAACUAACUAAUGAAAAGAUUAGGUAAAAGGAAGAGCACCACUGAGUUUAAAAUUUUAACUUGUCAUCUUGAAGCUGAGGUCAAAGGAUGGAGAAAAGAACACAGAGAAAGUUGAUAGAGAAGGGAGAGUUUUUAUAUGACCACCGGCCCUAGAAUUUUCUCAGGUAACAUGAUUGGGUUACUUAGAUAAAUUAUGACCAUGCAUUGCAAUAUAUAUAUAUAUGUAUAAAUAAAUGGGAAAACUUGAGCUAAAGACUCAAGAUGAGUAUAGGCAUGCAGGAGGGGCCCUAAACUAUCUAAAAUCCCCAACUGCUCUAACAGCAAUGAAGGGGUGAGAGAGAGAGAGUGCUUGACUUUCCAGUUCCCCUUCUCAUUCUCUUGCACACAAUUCAGCAACUUGCAUCUCUUCUCAUAGUUUCUGGAAACACUCUUUUGAGAGAGGUCUGGUAAAGAUAUCAGCUAUCAUAAUUUUAGUGUUGCAGUAUAGUAACUGAACAAGUCCACUUUGAUGUAUUCUUUGCACCUUGUGAAGGGCAAUGUCAAUAUUCUUCCUGAGUGUGUUGUUACUCAGAAAUUUUGAUGCAGCUCUGUAUCAAAGUGGUUAGCAUGGAUUCUGUUAUUCCAUAGUACCGAAGUAAUAUAUGCAGCCACUGUAUUUGAGUACACACUCCUUUGUGGAUAUACACUCAGCACCAGUGAAAGAAAUUUGUAACUGUAGAUUGUUUCUUAUUUGCCCAACUUACUGCUCCUCCACCAUACAACAUCAGCGACUGGCAAAUGUGAAAUCUUGGUUGCCUUUGCUCAUUCAAUACAUCUUUCAUUGUUAGAGCACAUUUCAAAAUUAAAGUCUCUUGCAAGUUCAUGACUGGCCAUGCCCCAAUCUGUGCUGCCCAAAUUCAAACAAUCUUCAUGAUUGUACUGAGUCACACUGUUUGCAAAUGAAACAAUUUCCACCUCAUUGCAUUUAUUCCUUAAGACUCCUUUGUUAAAUCUUUGCCAUGAAAAUCAAAACAGGACUCCUUCCUGAAUAGCAUUUGAUUACCUCUUGUUGUUGUGGUACGUACACUAUACAGAGUCUCUAUUCUGUUAGUGCCAAGUCUCACUUACAAAAAGACUGCAUCUAUUCCUUGUGUAUUAUUUGCCACUUGUGAAAUAAAUUGAAAGUUUUACAUUCCUA